CAGCUUAACCCCGCCCGCACUCACUCGCGCUCACUCGCCGACUCUCCCAUUCUCCCACUCUCUUUUGGGAGUCACCGAAACGCAGCAGCGCAGCAGCAGCAGCAGCAGCUGCCGCCGCCGCAAUCGCAGCAACAAGCUUUUAUUUAGACAGUCGCGACGGCGCGCUCGUUUUAAGCAGACGCAAAGUUUUUUGUGACGUUUCGAAUUCGCUUUUUUUUCUGUGGAAAUUGCAAUUUGAAUAAAUGUCGUUUUUUUUCGUGUGCUGUGUUCAAGUGCAAUUUGUAUGAAUUCAACAACAACAACAACAGCAACAAUAACAAUUACGACAACAACAGCAGCAACAAAUUGCUUGGUCUGAACCAGUACUGAGGUAAAAGCAACAAACACACGAGAGCAAAGAAACGCAAACGUCCAACACUUUGUGGCAACCCAAAAACUGUUAAAAUUUCACUAACAACGACUGGGUGAGGAGAGACAAGCAGCAAAAUGUCGCCAAAAUCGCUAAAUGUGCGCGUCACGACAAUGGACGCUGAACUGGAGUUUGCCAUUCAGUCGACAACGACCGGCAAACAACUGUUCGAUCAGGUGGUCAAGACGAUUGGUCUGCGCGAGGUUUGGUUCUUUGGUCUGCAGUACACCGACUCAAAGGGUGACUCCACAUGGAUUAAGUUAUACAAAAAGCCUGAAUCGCCGGCCAUAAAGACAAUUAAAUAUUUGAAACGUGUUAAGAAAUAUGUGGACAAAAAGACCGCUGAUAGCAAUGGACACAAUCAGACGGAUGAAAGCGAGGAGGAUGAUGAUGCCGAUGAUAUGACUGGAUCAAUGCCGUUCUCCACAUGGGUUAUGAAUCAGGAUGUGAAAAAGGAGAAUCCCUUGCAAUUCAGAUUCCGUGCCAAAUUCUAUCCGGAGGAUGUGGCCGAGGAGCUAAUACAGGACAUCACACUGCGCCUGUUCUAUCUGCAAGUGAAGAAUGCCAUAUUGACCGACGAGAUCUACUGCCCGCCGGAAACGUCGGUGCUGCUGGCCUCCUAUGCGGUGCAGGCGCGCCACGGUGAUCACAAUAAAACCACUCACACAGCCGGUUUCCUAGCGAAUGAUCGCCUAUUGCCACAGCGUGUCAUCGAUCAGCACAAGAUGUCCAAGGAUGAAUGGGAGCAGUCGAUAAUGACCUGGUGGCAGGAGCAUCGCAGCAUGCUGCGCGAAGAUGCCAUGAUGGAGUAUCUGAAGAUUGCCCAGGAUCUGGAAAUGUAUGGCGUUAACUAUUUCGAGAUACGCAACAAGAAGGGCACCGAUCUGUGGUUGGGCGUCGAUGCGCUCGGCCUUAACAUUUACGAGCAGGACGAUCGACUAACGCCCAAAAUUGGUUUCCCAUGGUCCGAAAUACGUAACAUUUCAUUUUCUGAGAAGAAGUUCAUUAUCAAACCGAUUGAUAAGAAGGCGCCGGACUUUAUGUUCUUUGCGCCGCGCGUUCGCAUCAACAAGCGCAUCCUGGCCCUCUGCAUGGGCAACCAUGAGCUCUACAUGCGUCGUCGCAAGCCCGACACGAUCGAUGUGCAGCAGAUGAAGGCGCAGGCGCGCGAGGAAAAGAAUGCCAAACAGCAGGAGCGCGAGAAGCUGCAGCUGGCGCUGGCAGCACGUGAGCGCGCCGAGAAGAAGCAGCAAGAGUACGAAGAUCGACUCAAGCAAAUGCAAGAGGAGAUGGAGCGCUCACAGCGUGAUCUACUCGAGGCGCAGGAGAUGAUACGACGAUUGGAGGAGCAGCUGAAGCAGCUGCAGGCCGCCAAGGAUGAGCUUGAGCUGCGCCAAAAGGAGCUGCAGUCCAUGCUGCAGCGCCUCGAGGAGGCCAAGAAUAUGGAGGCCGUCGAGAAAGCCAAACUUGAGGAGGAGAUCAUGGCCAAGCAACAGGAGGUGCAGCGCAUUCAGGACGAGGUCAAUGCCAAGGACGAAGAGACCAAACGCCUACAAGACGAGGUCGAGGAGGCACGCCGCAAGCAGGCCGAGGCUGCUGCUGCGCUGCUGGCUGCAUCCACCACGCCGCAACACCAUCACGUGGCCGAGGAUGAGAACGAGAACGAGGAGGAGCUGACGAAUGGCGAUGCCGGCGGCGAUGUGUCGCGCGACCUGGACACAGAUGAGCAUAUCAAGGAUCCCAUCGAGGACAGACGCACGCUGGCCGAGCGCAAUGAACGCUUGCACGACCAGCUCAAGGCCCUGAAGCAAGAUCUGGCGCAGUCACGCGACGAAACGAAAGAGACGGCAAAUGAUAAGAUUCACCGUGAGAAUGUGCGCCAGGGACGUGACAAGUACAAGACAUUGCGCGAGAUUCGCAAGGGCAACACAAAGCGUCGCGUGGAUCAGUUCGAGAACAUGUAAAGCGCUGUCCACGCCCCAACAAACAACUAUUAGCAGCGCUCUGUCCUAAAUCCCGAAGGCAACCACAAUCCAACCACCAGCACCAUAUCGACGCAGCGCGCCCCACACCCCACACCCCACACAACAGCCUCUCGCACUCAACCAUCAAUAGCCAAGCUUACACUGAACCAAUAUGCAGACCAAUUAAUAUAUAUAUAUAAAUAAUUUUUUUGUGACCUUAUGUAAAGAAGUAGCCGAAGAGGAGGAAUCAUGUGUGGAUCUAUGGAGAGUAUUAGUUAAAGAAAAAAUAAUAGAAACAUCCGGUUUUGACAGUUUGGUGUUGAACGACAAUCAUACAAUGAAUCAGUCAAUCAAUCAAUCAAUUGCUACCACCACCCUUCCCUCCGUCUAUCAAAUAUUGUAAAAUGGUCGCAAAUUUUGUUAAAAAAAACACACACACACAAAAGCCUCCGCCGCCCCGCCCCCAAUCCCAUUUUCUUUGUCGGUUUUGUGCGCGCAUCAAAAUGAGAGAAACAACAACAACAUGAAAAAUCAACAACAACAGCUAUUUGCAUUUUCCCCCGUUAUAAAUAUUAUUUUUAUUAUUAUAUAAUUACUAUUUUUUUUAAAUUUGUAUAAUUAAAUAAGAACUUGAUUAAUUGUUUCUUAAAUUAACUUGCAAAAGAAAAACAAAAAAAAAAAAAAAAAAAAAAAAAA